GCGCGUGACUCUGGGGCCCCGUGUGGCCGCGCCGCGCUCUGCUGCUGGGGAGCGCUCUCGCCUGCAGCAACGAAAGCUCCCCGUUUCGCAUGCCAUUACUUUCGGCUUUCGGGUGAGGCUGGGAUUUCCUCUGAGCGCAUCGCGCAGCUCCGCUGCUGGCAGUAGCGCGCGGGCCGUCAUCGUGCCACCAGCUGGUGUCACCUGUAGGUGUUGCUGGCACCCGUCCAGCACCACCGGACUUGCCACCCGCCCCAUGCGCCACCCACACGCGCAUCCAGCAGCCGCCUGCACCACGCGCACUGUCCGUCUCGUACCCAUCCAUCUCUCGACCCAUGAGCUAACGAGCAGGAUGAUAUAAUUAUGAUUAUGUAGGACAUGGAUCAGAAAUUAUACACCGUGACGACGUAAGUUUACAGAGGGGCACACAGAGACAAAACUCCCAAGGUUAUCGAGAGUGUGCUGUUAACAGCACCACACACGGUCGCCUUUGUCCUCCUACUUGUAGUGUUUACACAUCUGCGACCAUGUCAUCCAUGGUAGGGAAUCGAACCCAGCCCCACCAGCACCCCGUGUACGCUGCCCCGUUGAGUCAUGUCAAGUGACGUCAAGAGACCACGCCCCCGCUAGCCGUAGUAUAAAUACUCCUGGCUGUGGCCCCGCUCACUGAGAGACAGCAGCGUGUUCUUGUUGGGUGCCGUACAGACGCGCGCUUGUGAGGUGCUGGUCAGCAGAGGCAGUAGGGACACGAAUCGUGUUUUACUUUUUAGAGCGAACCUCCAGCGCUGCCUGAUAUGGUCGCACAGCGUGUGAUGGAGGUAGUGGUGGUGGCGGCGGUGUUGGUGACCGUCAAAGCUGCAUCUGAGCCCUCGGACGAAGAGAUUGUGAAGAAGUGCGGCUUUUCUCUCCAGGCGAUCCACGAAUGCAAAUACACGAAGUGCCUCGCAGCCUCACAAGUUUGCCAGACGAGGACAGAGCAGGAAAGCACCGAUUCAGAGUGCCAGAUGCGACUCUGUAUGGAAGCCAAGACGGAGUGCGAGGCGCCACUCAACAAGGACCUUUCUGGUGCUGAAGUGUGCGAGGGGGACGGCUUCGACCGCACCGACCUGGACUGCCUCCUUCUGCACAGGAGGUCGAUGGCGGAGCUGACCGAUUGCAAGGCUCAGGGCUACUUGAAGGUCAAGCGCGAGUGUUUCAACAGGGUGUGGUCGAACAUCGUCCGCACUCAGGCUGAAGCCCUGCUGAAGCGGCCGCACGUCUCCGACGACCUUGUGGAAUGCGCGCUCAGCAGCUGCUUCAACAACACGGAAUGCUUCCACAACUACCACCACGAGCUCGCUCAGAACCCCGCGUCUCACCAGGUGUUCAACCUCACGCUGUGCGCAUUCGUCUCCACCGACUACCCACUUGAGUGCGACCACCGCAACUGUACCCUGGACAUCGCCGCCUGCAAGCACCUGGACACGGCGAGCAUGCCGGCUGGAGCUGUGGUUGCAGUGGUGCUGGUCGUUCUGGUGGUUCCGGUGGUACUGGUUCUGGUCAUCCUCUACUUGCGAAGACGGAGGCGGGGAGCGAGCCAGGGGGGUACAGCAGCACCAGAUCGGCCUAGGUGCAGGGCUGUGGGGAGAGAAACUCGAGGUCAAGGAGCUGCUGCUCUUCCUUCUCUCCUACGGAUUCUACCCUGAGAGCAGCUCGGGACAUUCGGUGCUUCCCCUGCACUUCCAGUGACAACGUCACCGAGAAAGCUUCAGGAGCAACCUCACCGAGCAUCGCACCUCCAGGAGCAACCUCACUGAGCUCCACACCUUCAGAAGCAACCUCACUGAGCCCCACACCUUCAGAAGCAACCUCACCGAGCUCCACACCUUCAGAAGCAACCUCACCGAGCUCCACACCUUCAGAAGCAACCUCACCGAGCACUGCACCUUCAGAAGCAACCUCACCGAGCUCCACACCUUCAGAAGCAACCUCACUGAGCUCCACACCUUCAGAAGCAACCUCACUGAGCCCCACACCUUCAGAAGCUACCUCACUGAGCUCCACACCUUCAGAAGCAACCUCACCGAGCUCCACACCUUCAGAAGCAACCUCACUGAGCUCCACACCUUCAGAAGCAACCUCACUGAGCUCCACACCUUCAGGAGCAACCUCACUGAGCCAACACCUUCAGAACCAACCUCACCGAGCGCAGCACCUUCAGAAGCAACCUCACCGAGCUCCACACCUCCAGGAGGAGGCUGGAGCUGGGAUAAGAUCCCGUGGUGGUGAUGUCUCUCUGAGUCACCAUCCCAGCCACUCGCCUCGGCUGGCAGCUCGCUGUGCCUCCUCCCACUGCGGUUGAAUGUUGGUGUUGUUUUAAUUUAACUUAUUUUCAAAGUUUUGUUAUCAUUCAGUCUUUAGUUUUAGGCUCGAGUUUAACUAUUUUAGUUGUUAACUUUAGGUUAAAGCACCGGCGUAUGUUGUAUUUAUUGUCUUAAAAUUUUACAUUUUCAUAUUAUUCAGUAAGCGUUCCUCAAAUUUUCUAAUUUUUAUUUAAUAAGAAGUCUGAGUUAGAGUGUUGUCAUCCUCACAUGACAGCACUCAUUACUGUUGGUAUUACUGAGCCAUUGUUGUAAAUUCCACAGUAACAGGUCAGGGAGCACUUUCUCAAUAUCACAAACGCGACUGACUUCCUACAAACCAAUUUUACAAACCCCAAUGGGAAUAUAGAUUCGUUCAGUUCCUGCCCGAUCAGGAUUUCAACUUGCGACCUGUCAUGGUGAGUUGAGCUCUCAAACCAUGAUGCCAUCGGAGGCCUCCAUGUCUGACAUCGGAACCAUCAUCACCACCGGUCCCUUAACCGUGGCACUGUGGGGGCUGCAGUGAUGCUUUGGCGUUCAACUCUCUCCACCUCUCGCGAUCAACGUCUGCAACUGAUCUCCUAAUGGUCAUGUCACCUCCACGCGAAGUUAUUCACCCGAACAAUGGGCGGUGCGUGGCAGUCGUUGGAAGCACCGCAUCUCUGAAAUGAUUCCAAGACUCACAGCUAUAGAAUGUAAAUUACUACCGUUCAUGCAAUGGACAACAGUAAUAUCUAAAUCAUUAUAUGAACAGCAUUAUGUUUCAAAUACUAUUACAAGCAAACUGAGGCCGUUGCGGUAACGUGAGCCGGCACAGGAAGCAGCAGGAUCUGAUCGUAAAAUGAUAUCUCAAUUCACCACACGUGGCAUCUCGUGGCACAAGGCUCAUUGUCUCAGACCAUUGCAGUUCUGAUUAAAUACGUCUCGUUGUCCUGCGAUUAACGCGGUUGACCACGUACGGUGCAAAAGAAGUUAAACAUACGUACGUAGAGAAUGCAGCAUUAAUUGUCAUGAAUUUGGAGUUGACUUGAAUAUCACUGCCACCUAGCGAUCCAACAUCCCCUCUCAGUUGCCAACCAUCGUUCCCUGUGUCCUCUCAUCUCGCCCCGGCCUCUCUACUCCUCCCCUCUCUCUCACGAGCAGCCGUUUCCCUCCACAAGCACAAAUCGUGAAGAUGGUGCGAGUUCGACAGCGACAUCCCACGUGUCACCACAGCUGUUACACAUUACCCGGCACGUGUCACUUUGAGGACUUUCAUAUUGGUCAGCCAAUGUCAGAUUAUUAGUUUGUAAAACUUAAGAAAAGUGUGUUUUGAAAUGGAUAUAUGAAGUUACAUGUUUUCUCGGUGGGGGUGUUAAUCCACAGAAUAGCACGCGCCGUUCAUUGCGUAUUAGCAGAUGCGUUCAUGACGUCUGACCAUAAAUCAUAAAACCGUGAACACUCAGACUGUGGGCUUGCAGAGUCGGUGUUGGGUGCUGCAGUGCAUUCUGUGUAGGGUACCCUGUUUUUUCUCCAUUAAGGCAAAAUGUGCCUAUUUAUAAUUUAUGUUAUUUAUAUUGUUUUUAAUGUAUAUACAGUACAACCUUGCAUAUCUGACCGUCAUCUAUCCACUUUGCCCAAUUAACCACCACACCCAGCGCUGUGCUUGUGCACGGUGUAGCGGUCAUCUUCGAUUGAUGCUCACAUAUUUGACCUUUACACAAAUCUGACCUUUAUCCACCUGUAGUUCAGUCUGUAACAAGUCAGAUAUGUGACGCACUAACAGAAAAGACAUCAGUGCGACCACCACAGCUAGGGUGCGCACUGGCAGCGUGACCCCAAUCUGGGGGAUUUUUCAGUGCAGAGCUUGAGGAGAUCAAAUCGGUUUAGUGAAACCAAUUUGAUCAAGUCACCUAAAGCCCACAUUACAGCCACUCAUUUAUGAACAUGUUCUAAAUUAUAACCCACCUCAAAUAAGUUAGAUUUUUUUGUAAAUGUGUAAGUCCAUACGGUUGUGUUAGAUUAACAUUGUCACCUAGCAUUAGCUGUACUUUAGUUAUAAUACGCGUUUAAGUAGAGAUAAUAAACCUUGCUUAAUACGAAAUGUUAUCUAUGCAAGUCUGCGCAGGGUACGCGUCGCUGUACAUGGUAGGAAUGUCACGAUUCAUCGAUCAACAUCGAUUCUCGAAAAUAAUAAUAUCCAGCUCACAAUAUUUUUGUACAUAUUAAAUAAAAAUGAGCAAAUGAUACAAGCUGUGUAUUUGGUCAUGCAUGUGCUGAAGGAAGUCUCCACUACAGGGAUCUCCAGGGAGCCCCCUAGAGGGCGCCAGGCCUCCUGCUCCACGCAUUCUCGCGGCACCAGGAGCCGUUCUCACGCUUGCCGCGUGCUUCACACUCGGCACUUCGAAUCUCACGGACGCGGCGAUUCCCUCUCCUCCUCAUUGCCGCUUUUCUCACGUUGCCACGAGUUGAUGUCAGGAACCUCACAGUGGCCUCGAUCGCGCAUUUCAACUUGAGGAGUCUGCCACAGGUGACAUCGUGUGUUGUGGGGCUGCCCGGCACCAACAAGCUGACAAACCAUGUGUACAUCAAUAGAGCUUCCACUCUGUUUGGGGCUGUAUAAUUGUAUCAAAACACCUUGGAGGUGGGGCUUUAACAUAUUUUGUGAAUGUAUUUUGUAGACAUUUUUUUACCAAAACCUUUCACUCUGGCAAAGUUGGUAAAAGGUGCGUUCACGUUUUGUAGGGAUUGCUUCAGGGUUUUUUUUUUUUAAAACAAAUGUCUCUUUGGACAGAGAGACAUCCCCUUGUCUCUUGCCUUAAAUAUUG